AUGGGGGAAUGGAUUGAAGGAUCUUGGGAGUGGAAAUUCGAAUGGGAAAGGACUUUGAGGGAAAGAGAUCUAGAGCAACUUCGUGCUUUAAGGUCUUGUGUUUGCAAGAUUCGGCUGAAUGCAGGUACAAUGGACGCUUGGAGAUGGAAGGCAGCAGGUAGCGGUGUUUUCUCCGUCAAGACAGCCUAUGAGACAUUCUUCAAAAACAGGAGAUGGUCGAAUGUUUGCGGAGUCCAAAAGGAGUUGGCUAUGAUCUGGAAAGCUCAAGUUCCAGCCAAGGUCAUCGCCACAGCUUGGAAGGUUCUUAAAGGCAGAAUCGCAACGAUGGACAACCAUCGGAGGAGACAAGUGGUGACACACUCGGCGGCUGAUUUAUGUCCCCUUUGCCAGUUGAAAGAAGAAACCAUUGAGCAUCUCUUAUUCCUUUGCCAUAAAACUGACGAAAUCUGGAAAGAAAUCUUACGUUGGACAGGUAAACAAGCAGUCUUCCAUUUUAAAUCCAAAGCACAUUUCAAUGCUUUCGUGAAUUUGGGGAGCAAGAAGGAUGUGGACUUCUUCCUUGGAGUUUGGUUGUGUGUGAUUUGGAGCAUCUGGAAGAUUCGAAACAAUUGUAUCUUCAAUCAAGGAAGUUGGAACAAAGAAAGAGUGAUGGCAGAGAUUAAGGCGAGAUUGUGGGUUUGGCGCUCGGAUUUGAAUCAACCAACGCAGGAGCAUAAGUUUCGAAGAUGGUUUUUUGCUGUUAGAGGAUUUGACUGCUAA